ACCGAGACACAACUUUCGUCUCCAACCUUAAGAUUAAAAAAAACAAAAAAAACAAAUACUCAAGUCGGCAUCUAUCCAAACACGUAUUUUCUCAACAAGGGGGUUAUCUUCAUAUGAAAUACAGACCCACCAGUUGAAAACCCUGGCGAAGAACAUGAGGCACGUCACCCUGCCACCCAGCAUGCACGCCCUCCACACCAGCUGGCAGAGCAGGGCCGCCGGAGGCAUGGCGAGGUGGCCCGGUCGGAUGAGACAGCAGGCACGGCUGUACAGCACCAGGGCCCAGGAAACGGACAGCACACAAAGACCACAGCAGUAGGCCACUAGGUGAAGAAUGUCUUACCGUUUGAAAAUACCCAAGUGAAGAAUGUGUAUGGUCGAGAGGUACCAUCGCCUAUCGUCGCCAUCAUCGUAGUACCAUUUGACGCUCAGCAGCUGAACUGCAGUACCCGGGAGGAAGAGCCCCAGCGUGAAACCGGCCCACCGUGUCUCAUCGUUCCAAAGUAGGGUCUUGGGUGUGCUGGAGCCUUUCUCAGCUUACUUCGGGCGAGAGUCGCGGGGACACCCUGGACUGGUCGCCAGCCAAUCGGACCGAGCAGAUUUCAAAUUCGCCUCACACGUCAGCAUGCUUCCAUCAUGUGAUAUGUUGGUCACAGCAAACUUGCCCCAGCAAACUUUGACAAGCAAAACACAUCUGUAAUGAUCUGCAUGCAUUAAUACAUUUCACAAGCAGCAGCUCUGUAUUGAGUACCGAGUCGAGCCGAGACGACACCAUGCAGUGGAAAAACAAGGAACUGCAUGUUGACAAUCUUUUUCCUGGUGACAGGGGGCGCUCUACAUUUUCGCAGAACGAACGUCACCUCUUGACUGUGCUCUUUGGCGGAUGUAUGGCAGCGAAGCUUCUAGUGGAUGAUUAUCAUGGCUACAAAAUACCAGAUCCAUACAGCUGGCUGGAGGACCCCGACAGUGAAAAGACACAGGCGUUUGUCAGUGCUCAGAAUCAGCUCACGUUGCCAUUUUUGGAGCGCUGCGAGGUGCGGGAUCUGUUCAAGGAGCGCAUGACUGAGCUGUACGACUAUCCCAAGUAUAGUUGUCCCUUCAAAAGGGGAAAUAGGUACUUUCACUUUUACAACACUGGCCUGCAGAACCAGAGUGUGAUGUAUGUGCAGGAGAGCCUCAAUGCAGAACCUACCGUCUUUUUGGAUCCUAACACAUUUUCUGAUGAUGGCACAGUUGCCUUACGAGGCUACGCCUUCUCGGAAGAUGGAGAGUACUUGGCCUACGGCACUAGUGCCAGCGGCUCGGACUGGGUGGAGAUGCACUUCCUGGGGGUGGAAGGCGCCGUGCUUCUGCAGGACCAUCUGCAGCGGGUCAAGUUCAGCUGCAUGUCGUGGACGCAUGAUGGGAAGGGCCUUUUCUACAACUCUUACCCUGAACAGAAGGGCAAAAGCGAUGGGACUGAGACCUCUACUAACUUGGACCAGAAGCUGUACUUUCACGUUUUGGGAACACCGCAGUCAGAGGACGUUCUCUGCGCCGAGUUUCCCAAUCAUCCCAAGUGGAUGAGUGGAGCCGAGGUUUCAGAUGAUGGCCGCUAUGUGCUGCUGUCCAUCAGGGAAGGCUGCGAUCCUGUCAACAGAUUGUGGUAUUGUGACCUCAAGAAGACGCCUAAGGGCAUUACAGGACUUUUGCCGUGGGUGAAGCUCAUCGACAACUUUGACGCCGAGUACGAGUACGUAACCAACGAGGGCACGGUGUUCACGUUCAAAACCAACCUGGACGCCCCACGUUACCGCCUCAUCAACAUCGACUUUGCCUCGCCGGCUCAGAGCGACUGGGCGGAGCUCAUCCCUCAGCAUGAGAAGGACGUAAUCGUAUUCGCCACCUGCACAUACUCCAGCUACCUCUUUGUGUGCUUCCUCCACGACGUGAAGAAUGUCUUGAAAAUGUAUCGUCUCAGUUCCGGGGAGGAGCUCAGGACCUUUCCUCUGGAUGUCGGUUCUGUGGUCGGAUUCACGGGAAGGAAACGCGACUCUGAAAUCUUCUACUAUUUCACCUCUUUCCUCUCGCCAGCCAUCAUUUAUCACUGCGACUUGACCAAGCAGCCUCUGCAGCCCCACAUCUUCAGAGAGGUCACAGUCAAAGGCUUUGACCCGACAGACUACCAGACCACCCAGAUCUUCUACGCUUCCAAGGACGGCACUCAAAUCCCCAUGUUCAUCGUUCACAAGAAGGGCAUCAAGCUGGACGGCUCCCACCCGGGCUUCCUGUACGGUUACGGUGGCUUCAACAUUUCCAUCACGCCGAGCUACAGCGUCUCCCGGCUAAUCUUUGUGCGGCACCUGGAUGGAGUCCUGGCUGUCGCCAACAUUAGAGGAGGAGGGGAGUAUGGCGAGACCUGGCACAAAGCCGGCAUGUUGGCCAACAAGCAGAACUGCUUCACAGACUUUCAGUGUGCAGCUGAGUACCUCAUCAAGGAAGGGUACACUUCUCCGUCCAAGCUCACCAUCAACGGAGGCUCAAACGGUGGCCUGCUCGUAGCGGCGUGCGUGAACCAGCGGCCCGAGCUGUUCGGCUGCGCUGUCGCUCAGGUCGGCGUCAUGGACAUGCUCAAAUUCCACAAGUUCACUAUCGGCCACGCCUGGACCACCGACUUCGGCUGUUCGGAAGAAAAAGAGCAGUUUGAGUGGCUCAUGAAAUACUCCCCCCUCCACAACAUCAGAGUCCCGGAGGGCAACGGGGUCCAGUAUCCCGCCGUCCUCCUGCUGACGGGCGACCACGACGACCGGGUAGUGCCCCUCCACUCGCUCAAAUACAUCGCCACUCUGCAGCACAUGGUGGGCCACAGCAGCAAGCAGUCCAACCCCCUGUUCAUCCUCGUGGACACCAAGUCGGGCCACGGCGCCGGCAAGCCCACCAGUAAGGUCAUCCAGGAAGUGGCGGACACCUACGCCUUCAUCGCUCGCUGUCUCAAAAUCUCCUGGGUCAAAUAACUCGCCAUCUCGUCACGUGUGUGCGCGCAUGUGUAUGUGCUCUGUCUUCUCCCUCCCACACCCGCCUCGAAGAACUCCAGUUGCACUUAUCGAAAGCACCACACGUUAAUGUGCGAAGGCCAUAACACUAUAAGAGGGGGCGAGGUUACUGUGAUCGGCCAAUCAGCUGCUGUCAUGAGGGUCAAAUGGCAACCGUGUGGCGGAUGCUCCGCCUACGUAUAAUUUAUUAUUGAUAUCUCAGCUUGCACAUUUCUCAUGAGGCUGCACCGUACAAAGGAUGUUGUGUGUAUGUGUGUUUGUGAUUACUUACAAAUUCACUGAUUUCUACCUCUUGACAUAGGCUGAUUGUUAUCAUUUCAAAGGGAGCAGCAAAUAAUAAACAUCUUUUUUAAGCAGUGAUACAUCUGCUGGAUGGUUCUUCCCCAAAAUGUUAUAUGUGAAAAGUGGUAUUAUAAUGGUAGAAAUCAGCCAGUGUUAACAAUUUGUACAAAAUGCAUGUUUUUUUAAUUGCCACUUUUGUGGACACGCCGUACAGAGCAUAAAUAACAGAAGAUUUGUUUUUCCCCCCAAAGCUGUUGCAGAAUAGGAGUAAUGGAAAAACAAAUGAAGCAAAAUGUUCAGUUACUUGGUACACUUAUUACCAUAAUUUCUUAAAACUAAAACAUAUUUAUUUACGGCGGCACGGUGGAGACGACUGGUUAGAGCCUCACAGUUCUGAGGACCGGGGUUCAAGUCCUGGCCCCGCCUGUGUGAAGUUUGCAUGUUCUCCCUGUGCCUGCAUGGGUUUUCUCUGGGCACUCCGGUUUCCUCCAACAUCCCAAAAUCAUGCAUGGUAGGUUAAUUGACAACUCCAAUUGCCCGUAGGUGUGAAUGUUAGUACGAAUGGUUGGUUGUUUGUAUGUGCUCUGCGAUUGGCUGGCAACCACUUCAGGGUCUACCCCGCCUCCUACCCGAUGAUAGCUGGGAUAGGCUCCAGCACGCCCGUCCAGCUGGACCCUAGUGAGGAGAAGCGGCUCAGAAAAUGGAUGGAUGGAUAAAACAUAUUUACACAACAGAAAAAUGAAUUACAAAGCUCAAUGCUGGGAGUUGCCUUUGGAUUAUUCUUUUCCACAUCGCACACGAUAUACAUGUUGGAAUUAUGCCAUUUCGAAUAAAUUGACAAGUUCGACGUUCUGCCAUAACGUUCACUAGCCAUAAGUUGAGCUGCACUGUGUUUGUUUACUUGUUAGGCAUGUGUCAAGAGCGCGAGCCUCAUACACUUCUUAUCCGUUACCUUAUAUGGGAAAACCCUAAUAAUCGCCGCAUCAUGUUACAUAAUUUGCCCUGCAUUUGAUUAGCAUCAUUUAUAUGAUAGAUAACUUAUUUUGAACAUAAGGAAAAAUUGUGGUAAACUUUUUCGUGGGCCUUGGAUGUGGCCUUGAGUUUGACACUUAUAAUACUGACUACAGAGCAACAAAAUCCAUGAUUGUUGACAAUGGCAUGUUACUUGUGUUUUAAUAUCUCUUCCUCUCCUGUUGAAUUGAUUUUAAUUCCCACUAACUGUUAAAGAUGCAUCUAUAUUCCGACC